AUGGUUCAGAUCAGCGAAGUCAAGGGCAACGCCCGCGACAGUCGUACUGCAGCGCAUACCCAUAUCAAAGGCUUGGGUUUACGGCCUGAUGGUACUGCUGAAAGACAAGCAAAUGGAUUUGUAGGCCAAGUUGCGGCUCGAGAGGCCUGCGGAGUUGUCGUCGACCUCAUUCGAGCACAGAAAAUGGCUGGCAGAGCGAUAUUACUUGCAGGGGGACCUGGUACAGGAAAGACAGCUCUCGCCCUCGCAAUCAGCCAAGAACUCGGUACAAAGGUUCCAUUCUGUCCCAUCACCGGCAGCGAAAUCUACUCGUCCGAGGUCAAGAAGACCGAAGCUUUGAUGGAGAACUUUAGAAGAGCUAUUGGAUUGAAGGUCCGGGAAACUAAGGAGGUCUAUGAGGGAGAGGUCACCGAGCUGACACCCGAGGAAGCUGAAAAUCCCCUUGGUAGCUACGGCAAGACCAUCAGCACCCUGUUGAUCGGCUUGAAGAGCGCAAAGGGCCAGAAAAAGCUACGACUCGACCCGAGCAUCUACGAGGCCAUUCAAAAAGAGAGAGUUACGGUUGGAGAUGUGAUCUAUAUCGAGGCAAAUACGGGAGCUUGUAAGCGUGUUGGCAGAUCUGAUGCAUAUGCGACGGAAUUCGACCUGGAAGCUGAAGAAUACGUCCCAAUACCCAAGGGAGAAGUGCACAAGAAGAAGGAAAUUGUUCAAGACGUCACACUACACGACCUAGAUAUUGCCAAUGCGAGACCACAAGGAGGACAAGAUAUCAUGAGUAUGAUGGGACAGUUGAUGAAGCCAAAGAUGACUGAAAUCACCGAGAAGCUUCGUGCUGAAAUCAACAAGGUUGUCAACAAGUAUAUCGACCAAGGUGUUGCUGAGCUCGUCCCUGGUGUCUUAUUCAUCGAUGAGUGCCACAUGCUUGAUAUCGAAUGCUUCACAUACCUCAACAAGGCACUGGAGUCGAGCAUCUCACCGAUUGUCAUUCUUGCCUCAAACAGAGGUAUGUGCACGAUCCGUGGUACCGAGGACCUCGUCUCCGCACACGGAAUCCCACCGGAUCUUUUGGCUCGUCUCCUGAUCAUCCCUACCAAUGCAUACGAGCCUGAGGAGAUCAAGAGAAUCGUCCGAAUCCGAGUUACUGUUGAGGGCCUUGCAAUCACAGAAGCUGCGCUGGACAAGAUCGCAGAACAUGGUUCGCGGAUCAGCUUGAGGUACGCACUACAGCUCCUCACGCCUUCCAGUAUACUUGCGCGAGUAAGCGGACGCAAUCAGAUCGAUGUCAUGGAUGUGGGAGAGUGCGAGGAUCUUUUCAUCGAUGCUCGGCGCAGUGCAGCAAUCGUUAAUAGUGAGACUGGUACCGGUUUUAUCAACUAG